GGUAGUUGCACCUGUUCACCUUAGUGAAUUUUGUACAAAAAUAUUUAUAUCUACUCAAAUUCUGUUCCUUUAAAUGCAUAUAAAGGGUACAUUGUUAAGAGACAAAGACAGGAAGAAACAGGACUAAUGGAGGACCAGCCAUUAUUACCUAGUAUACUUGACAUGACAACUAAGUUAUCAGACAUGUCGUCGGACGAAAUCGAAGAAUUCUUGGAACACAAGAAUGUGUCUUUUAAAGGGUAUUUCAAGUUGUUUGCAUGGGAAUCAAGGCUACUUUGGCUUCUAUCAGGGGCUGUUAUUAUAGUCUUGAUUUUUAACUACAUGCUUGGUUUUGUUACACUCAUGUUUGUUGGACAUUUUGGUUCAUUGGAAUUAGCUGCUGCUUCCAUUGUUAGUGUGGGAAUUCAAGGCUUUGCUUAUGGUGUUAUGUUAGGUAUGGCAAGUGCAGUUGAGACAGUUUGUGGGCAAGCAUAUGGAGCAAAAAGAUAUGCAGUUAUGGGAGUAAUAUGCCAGAGAGCAAUUAUAUUGCAUCUUGGAGCAGCAUUUCUCCUCUCAUUUCCUUAUUGGUUCUCAGGGCCACUUCUUAAAGCAAUAGGCCAAUCAGACACUAUUUCUGAACAAGGCGAAUUAUUCGCCCGUGGGUUGAUCCUUCAGCUUUAUGCAUUUGCUAUAAGUUGCCCGAUGCAGAGGUUUCUGCAGGCACAGAACAUUGUCAAUCCUAUGGCUUAUAUAGCUGUCGCCGUGUUCGUUGUGCAUGUUCUGGUUACUUGGCUAGUGGUUGAUGUCUUGGGAUAUGGUCUUCUCGGAGCUUCUCUCGCGCAGAGCUUCUCGUGGUGGCUGUUGGUCGUUGCACAAUAUCUUUAUAUAAAUUUUAGUCCUUUAUGCAAGGAAACUUGGACUGGUCUCUCUACUGAUGCUUUCAAAAGCAUUUGGCCUUACUUCAAGCUAACUGUUGCCUCAGCUGUCAUGUUAUGCUUGGAGAUAUGGUACUCCCAAGGACUAGUGCUUGUAUCAGGCCUCCUUCCAAAUUCUACAAUCUCAUUAGACUCCAUCUCUAUCUGCAUGAAUUACUGGAACUGGGAUAUGCAAGUCGCGUUGGGACUAGGAGCUGCAGCCAGCGUUCGAGUUAGUAAUGAGCUUGGAGCAGGACAUCCAAGAGUUGCCAAGUUUUCAGUGAUCAUAGUGAGCUUGACAAGUAUCUUGAUCAGUACAGUUCUCUGCAUUGUUGUGCUGAUAUUCAGGAUUGGAUUAAGCAAACUCUUUACAAGUGACACUCAAGUCAUUGAAGCUGUCUCCAAUUUAACUCCACUACUUGCCAUUUCUGUUUGGUUGAAUGGCAUUCAACCUAUUCUCUCUGGUGUGGCUGUUGGCAGUGGAUGGCAAGCAGUGGUAGCAUAUGUCAAUCUAGCUACUUAUUAUUUUAUUGGCCUCCCCAUUGGAUGCAUUCUUGGCUUCAAAACAAGUUUACAAGAAGAAGGAAUAUGGUGGGGUAUGAUUGCAGGAGUUAUCCUACAGACAUUCACAUUAUCUAUUUUAACUGCCAGAACAAACUGGAAUACUGAGGUUGCAAAAGCUGCUGCGCGCUUAAAGGAAGCUGGAAAUAGAGAAAGUGAAGAUCUUGCAGACAGCCGUUGAUGAUAGUUUCUGCUCACAACCUCAUGACGAUCAACAAACAUUUUGACAAUGAGUGCUUGCUUUCACAUCAAAAUGCAUAAAUUUUCCUUGAAAACUUAGUCACAAAUUCUUCAAGCCCCAGCAAGUAUUUUGUUAUCAAGUAUUUUCAGUAUUUGGUAGUUGAAGUUUACCAAAAGAUUAAUGAAACUUACUAUAUAUGUGAUGA